GAGCAUUUAAAGAGGCAAAGACUAGCGCAUAACGCACACAUACACACACUUUGCCUGCAAAGUGGACAUUGAGGAACAGGAGAUGAAGGGUCUGGGAGUUGUCACCGUUCACACUCUCCUGAUGCUGCUUCUAACUUCAUUCCUGGUGCAAGCUAGGGGCGCCCCGCAGGAUCGCUUUCAGAGACGUAACUGGACACCGCAGGCAAUGCUGUAUUUGAAAGGAGCACAGGGACGUCGGUUCAUCGCGGAUAAUGGUGACGAUGGUGGUGACCUCUUUGAAAAUAUAGAUAUUGAAACCAGAAGCCAAAACACCAACCCAUUAACUCUAUCGGAAGCCACAGCGAUGCUCCUGGCUUCCAUCAGACAGGCACAGCAAGAAGGUGAGAAUGAGGAAAGGGCACAACAGCAUUUUUGGCAAGAGAACCCGAAUUGGAGAAAAUUACUCUUCUAACCUUUUGACAUACUUCUACUCACUUGGGUUUUCUCACUUCUACCCACUAGAUUUCAUCUAUGUGCACUGUGACUCUGUACCACUUGGUUACCAAAAAUGUCUAAGUUACUGAUGCAUUGUACAUGA